UUCCCCCUCCUGUCAGUCCUCCCUCUCCCGGUCCCGUCCCUCCCCCGUAAACUCGUGGGGCGGCCUGGCCUCGGCCCUGCCCCCUCCCCGCAGGCAUGUGACCGCGGGAGCGCCGGUCGCCGGGGUUCCUGGUGGCCAGCUGGGCUUGGGGUCGUUCUGCACGAGCCCUGACACCCCCCCAGCCCCCCAGGAAGAGUCGAACGGGAUGAUUAAACCAAACCUCCAAAAUGAAGAAGAUUAUGUUCAUAGAACCUGCCGUUUUUCUUCACGCAUUUGCCAUGUCUCUGUCCACACCACUGACAACCCAGUAUGUCUAUCGGAGAAUCUGGGAAGAAACAACCAACUACAGUUUUGCACAGAAUAGCAAUAUUUCAGAGUGUGGAGAGAACAAAAGCAAUCCAAUCUAUAUCAUUCAGAAGGAAGUUCAGAAAAAGGCCUCCCUAUUUAACCUGCAGAUGGACUUGAGCGGAUUAAUCCCCGGCCUCGUGGUCACCUUCAUUCUUCUAUCCAACAGUGACCGUCGAGGACGCAAGCACCCUAUACUCCUCUCUUCCCUGGGUGCCCUGGGCACCAGCGUUUGGCUCAGCGUGCUUUCCUAUUUCUCCUUGCCCCUCUACCUUCUGAUAGCAUCGUCCUUUCUGGGGGCGCUCCUCGGCAACUUCACGACUUUCUUCGGAGGGUGCAUGGCCUUUAUCGUGGACCAGUGUAAGGAGGAGAAAAAGAAAACGAUCCGGAUAGCGAUCGUUGACCUAAUCCUCGGACUGGUCAUGGGCCUGACGGGGCUGUCUUCCGGCUACUUCAUAAGAGAACUAGGUUUUACGUGGUCAUUUUUAAUCACUGCUCUGGCGCUGGCGUGUAAUUUGAUCUACAUUUUCUUUUGCCUGGAGGACCCAGAAAGCCCACCUCCAACCCAGGAUGCUUCAGGGACCUGCAGCGAGGGCAUCAAGAAACUGUUCUCCGGCAUUCACCAGCUUUUUAAAAACGCUUCUCGCAAGCGACGGACGUUGAUCUCUCUGUUGCUCUUCACAAUGGUUACCUAUUUCACCGUCCUCGUCGGGGAAAGCCCCAUCUUUAUUCUUUACGAGCUGAACGCGCCUCUCUGUUGGAAUGAGGUCUUCAUAGGGUACGGCUCGGCCCUAGGAAGUAUUUCUUUUUUGAGCAGUUUUCUCGGGAUAUGGUUUUUUUCUUACUGUCUCAAAGAUAGCCACAUGGCCUUCAUUGGGAUUCUGACCACUAUUGGUGGAAUGGCUAUGGCAGGCUUCGCCACAACCACGUUGUUGAUGUUUUUAGUCAGGCUGCUGUUCCUUUUUGCUUUCAUACCCAUGUCAGUCUUACGGGCUAUGCUGUCUAAAGUGGUUCGGGCUACAGAACAAGGGACACUGUUCGCCUGCAUCUCCUUCCUGGAGACCCUGUCCGGGGCCACCGCCGUUUCGGCUUUCAACGGAAUUUAUUCCGCCACCGUCGGGUGGUUCUCCGGCUUCACUUUCCUGCUCUCCGCCGGCCUCUUGCUAAUUCCCUUGACCAGCCUAUGCGUUGUGAUGUGCGUCAGCUGGGAUGAAGAGGACAGGACCCGCCUUCUGCAAGACGGAGAGCCCGAAGAAAGUUCCCACGGUUGACCCGCCCUCCUGUCCUGCCCCCCAGCCAACGGGGCCCACGCACUGACCUUGGGCCCUGGACGGCAGAGAAUUCGCCCAAGGCAGGAAGGAAGCCCUAGAUGGGAGAGGACCGUUCGCUUUUGACUGGGGAAAGGUGAAAAAGAUGGGCUCUGUUUUGAGCUAAGAAACCCAGCUGUCGGAGAGUCACCCGCGUUGUCUAUCACAGCGCCUCUUGAACCUCGGCAUCCUCACCUGAAAAUGAAUGUCGUCGUUGACCCUACCUAGCCCAGCGUGCCUGGAAGAGGAAAGACGAGACAGUGGAGGUGGCUACCAGCUUAUGGCCCCCUGCCUUUUUAAAAAUGGUAUUUGCUAAGCACUUGUGGGGCUCAUUCAUUCAAUCGUAUUUAUU